AUGCCGAACUCCACAGAACCGUCGCCGGCGAGGGGCUCCCCGGUACCGAUCGCCAACCGUCAGCUUCCUACGAGAGUUUCCAGUGCGUGCCGUAGAUGCCGUCGGAACAAAAGCAGAUGUGAUUCUUUCCGGCCUUGCUCCCUUUGCAUAAGGGCCAAUGUAGAAUGCGAGCGACCGUCAUUGGAUGAGGCACCUAAGGGCAGAACCAAAUCCAACAGUCACCGUACUCGAGCGAGGCUCCGACGCAGCAGCGAUGCCCCGCCCACCUCAGCGCCGCCCACUCAACGUCCUUCACCGAGCCGUGAAAACACCUCUGUUGAGGGCUUUGGGGAUGAAAUCAUCGCGAAACCAGCAGAACCACCCAGCUCGUGGGUAUCGCAAGAUUAUGGAGAGUCUGAAUCGGCCAUGGGCUUCGCUCGAAAGAUCUACAGACUAGGAAGCCAGACCAUUGAUGAACAACAAUGUUCUGCUAUUCCAGGCGGGGCAUGCGGUACCAGGACUCCUCUGAUGAGGUCUAGCGAGCAACGCUUACCGAUAUCCAGCAUUCUGGGUGGCCGCUUUCCCAAACAAAAUGAUAUUGAUUCCCUACUGGAAGAUUAUUUCGAAUCUGUUCACUGGUUCUCGCUGGUAAUAUACGAACCUAGGUUCCGCAAACGCAUAGAGUCUAUCAAAGAUGGUUAUGCGUAUCCCACUGAGGCGCCGUUCUUGACAUUACUCUCAAUCAUGCUGUGCAUGGCAGCGUGGUACAGGUCAAAAAAGACCGAUCAAGAAGGGGCCGAAGAAUGGCGCCUCUGGAGCGAUGAGCUGCUCAGGAUUGUCGAGUCUCGCCUUGUUCACAUCAUGGACCAGCAUUCCAUUGCCGCUGUUCAGACCCUCAUCCUGCUGGGAUCACAUCAUGUCUACCACGGCCGGCCUAACUUGUCGUUUGCCCUGUUAGGUGCAACCAUCAAGAUAUCACACGCUAUGGGCUUGCAUCGUAACCUGGCCCAUGGGUCCGUCGAUGAUGUCGAAGAGCGCAAAAGAGUAUGGUGGACCAUCUACACCUGGGAUAGGUUUGCUUCCAUAUCAUACGGCCGACCGUUGAGUAUUAAUGAUGAAGACUGCAACGUAGGGAUGCCCGCUGAGUUCAUCGAGUCCCCUUUCUUCAAGGCCGAGUCCAUCGAACAAGGGUCGCUCGGUGUGCGAUAUUCACCGUACCAGACCCAGUUGACCACGCUGUACCUCGUGGCUUCCCCUGCCUUGAAGACAAUAUUCGGCUCUCUGUCAGCGCAAUCAGCCGGUCAGCAUUUCGGCAGCGAGUAUCGGUCGCUGGUUAAUGAUGUGACGCAAAAGCUAUUGGCUUGGCGACGCGAUUUGCCGUCAUUCUUGUCUUUGGACCUGAACCGAGACUAUCACCCAAGCACUACCGAGUGGGACACCCGGGCCCAUCAGUUGCAGUCUCUGUCGCUACAGUUGACAUUUGACAACGUGAUGAUUGUUCUACACCGGCCGUUUCUAGCUCGUCAGAUUGAGAACCUGUCUACUCAGACUCCCGGCAGCGUCACUGACUCCCCUUUGGCUCAGGCAAUGGCGCAGCAUGUACGCCCGCACAGCAGCAACUCCCCAUCCCAGAACGGCCAGUCGCCCAGAUUUGAAGAGAAAGCAAGCUCUGAGUAUUGGUGGAGCGCAGCAGUUCGGACUGCGCGAAUUACCGAACUGCCAUACCUCGCCGAACUCGCCACUGACAGCCACCUUGUAGCGUUUAUGGCUAUGAACUUAUUUCACGCAGCCAUUGUGCUGACCCUGGUGGCCCUCUCUGAUCCGCUUUCAGAUCCUGCCCAAGCUGUCAAGCGGACCAUCACGCGAGUAUUUCGACUGCAGGAGCGGCUGGGCCAGCGGUCGGCGUUGGCUAGCCAGAGCAGUGCUGUACUCAAAAAUCUCAUAUUACUUCUCCUUCGGCGUGAGGGAGAAGCCAUGCUCGGUCCGGUGCCACCCAAGUCAGGGCUUAUCAACAGCCAUAUGGAGUAUCCGCUUCUACAUCAACCGAAUCAUGAGCAAACUCUUCGCCUUCCUUUGGAAGCGGCGCUGAACACGGAUCAGCGGACCGGGAUAUCAGCCGGAUCAAAUCUGAGCAUUGUACAACGAUUGAACGAAAGUUUGGCGUCGGUGCAACAGAUUAUUCCGCCAUUCUUUGACGAUUCUAUUCAACCCAUUUCCAUGUCGGUUCCAAGAAAUGAAGUUUCGCAGCAAGGACCGGUACCGCAGCCCCAGCAGGACAUAUGGCUCCCGCCCGGUGGCUUGCAAGAGCCUACCGAGUCACUGGAACAUCAUGGGAAUGGGGUAGACUAUGGAGCGAAUGGGCUGUUCUGGCUUUGGGACUCUACAUGGACGGGUUGA